GUUGGAUACAAUAUCUUGCUAUUUAUUGUUCAAUCCACGUACUUGAAAGGAUUCUGCAAGAGGUGACUUAACUGUUUUACUAUGGAUAAAUUUUUAAUUUCGACAAAACGUAAAAGCAAUGUAUCUGAUAGACCAGAAAGCGAAGAAAGUGACCAAGGCUCUAGCUCUACCUCUGUUAGUUCAACUCCUCAAAGGAAGAGACAAAAAAUGUCUUUAGUUUGGAACUACUUUACAAAGUCCUUAUUAGACAAAAAGUUUGCUAAGUGUUGCACUUGUGGCAGAGAGUAUAAAACAAGCGGAAAUACAACGAACCUAACUGAUCAUUUAAAAAGGUUUCAUCCCAAUUUAAAUAAGCCACUAUUAGAAACAUCAGGUGAAGAUGAAAUAGGCAAAGAAAAUUAUGCAAGAUCAAAUGUUCGUUCUAUAAGCCCCUUUUUUAGACGAGAACAAGAGUAUGAUGCUAACUCUCAAAGAAAAAAAGAAUUAGAUAAGGCUCUUGCAAUGAUGUUGGCUACAGACUUUCAACCGUUUUCUAUUGUAAAAGAUAGUGGAUUUAUAAAAUUUGUCCAGUUAUUAGAUCCAAGAUAUGUACUUCCAUCACCUGACACUUUAAAAAAUACUGUGUUGAAAAAUUUGUAUGAUGACGGAGUGAAAAAACUUACUACAAUUUUAAACGAAAUAAAAUAUGUGGGUCUUACGACAGAUAUUUGGACCUCAUCAGCUAACGAGUCCUAUAUUUGUUUAACGUGCCAUUUUAUAAACAAAGACUGGGAAAUUAAAAAGGCUGUUUUAAAAACAAAAGUAAUGGAUACUAAUAACACAUCAGAAAAUAUAGCAGAUUGCAUAAGAAAGAUUUUAGACGAAUACAAAAUAUCUGAUAAAGUAUCAUGUAUCGUAACGGAUAACGCGGCUAAUAUGAUAAAAGCUUGUGAUCUGUUACGAAAAAAACAUUUACCAUGCUUUUCACAUACGCUAAAUCUGGUUGUCCAAGAUAAUCUAAAGAAGCCAAUUACAGCAGAUGUGUUAAAAAAAUGCAAAGAAGUUGUUACUUAUUUUAAGUCUAGCUGUGUUGCAUAUAAAAAAUAUAUAGAGGAGCAAAACCAGCUUUGGAAGGGAACAACAAAUGAGGGAAAAACACCAUAUAAAUUCUUACAAGAGGUUCCCACAAGAUGGAACAGUGUUUAUUAUAUGAUAAAACGAAUACUACUAAUAUCAGAUGCUAUAAAUAAUACAUUACUAAAGCAGCGAAAUGCUCCUGGUCCCUUUUCUGUCGAUGAGCUUAGCGUAUUAGGUGAUUUGGAGAAAAUCCUUUAUAUUUUUGAGGAUGCUACAGAAAAAGUGUCAGGUGAAAAGUAUAUAACUGUGUCACUAAUAGUUCCUCUUGCAUUUGGUAUAUACAAUUAUUUAACAUCUUUACAAUUGAACACAGAAAUUGGACAAGAAUUCUAUACUGGUGUAAUUGAUUCUGUUAGAAGGCGGUUAUUUAACUUCGAAACAAGAUCAAUUCCCAAAAUUACUGCUUUAUUGGACCCCAGGUUUAAAAAAGAUGGCUUUAGAACCACUGAAAAUGCCAAUCAAGCAGCCAAUCUGUUGGAAGAGGAAAUGGCAGCCAUUAUUUCAGGGAAUAGAAAAAAUACUCAAGAAGAAAAUGUCCCAAAUAAUAGUUCCUCAUCAACAGUAACUAGUUCGAGUAGCGUCAUUUUUAAUUUUUUAGAUAAAAAAAAUAAGGACAAAGCAACAAAUGUAAAAGCGGAUGCCAUAAUUCAAAAGAGGCAGUAUCUUGAAAGACCCAAUUUAUCUGGAGAUACUGAUCCUUUAUUAUUUUGGAAGGUGAAUGGAAGAGAAUUUGAACCGAUGCAAGAACUGGUUCAGAAAUAUUAUUGCAUACCUGGAUCUUCUGUCGAGUCUGAAAGAAAUUUUAGUACAGCAGGGCUCAUUUUAAAUGAUCGCAGAUCCCGACUAAAAUCCAAGCUCUCACUGCAACCUUCGAAGUUUGUGACACAAUUCACAGCCAACAAAUGGUCAGGCGACCAAGACAUCCACAAAGAUACAUUAAAACCGAACUCAGGGCACAAUCAGAAAGCAUUACCAACAGUGACACUCCAGAGAUUAGACACCACCAUAGAAAAGGUAGUUUUGAACCCAGACAAACAAAUAAGAUAUAAUAAGAGAACUGAGUGA